AUGUCUCCUUCUCCGUUACUCGCGCUCUGCAUCACUCUGUUGCUUGGGUUAUCGCGUUGCACCCACGCGCUCAAGCUCCCCUUCAGAGUCAACGAUGUUCUUCCUGUUCUUCCCCACGGAAUUUCGUGGCCCCUACUCAACAACCUCCACAGCGCCGUCGAUUUGCUCCCCUCCUUCGUCGCCUCUGUCACGCCCAACAACGCUUCCGUUCGAUGGACAGGGGCUUGCUUUUACCACAAUCAAGCCUCCCUCCAGCUCAUCACCGCCGCCUCUGACCUCGGUUCCGGCGCCGCCGUGCUCCGUCUCAAGACAGAAGCUGCAAACAGCUGGACCUGCAUGGAUCUGUAUGUUUUUGCAACACCAUACAGGAUUACAUGGGACUACUAUUUCGCUGCCGGAGAAUACACUCUGAAGUUUGAUUCGUGGGAAGAACCUGCAGAGUUGGAAUAUGUAAAGCAGCACGGGGUCUCUGUGUUUCUCAUGCCAUCAGGGAUGCUGGGAACGCUGCUUUCUCUAAUUGAUGUCUUACCUCUAUUCUCUAACACUGCAUGGGGUCAGAAUGCUAACUUAAAUUUCCUAAAGAAACACAUGGGAGCUACAUUUGAGAAACGCAGUCAGCCUUCGCGUGCAGCUAUUGAUCCUGCAGAUGUUCAUUCUGGAGAUUUUUUAGCCGUGUCAAAAAUCCGUGGUAGGUGGGGAGGUUUUGAGACUCUAGAAAAGUGGGUAACUGGUGCAUUUGCUGGUCAUACAGCAGUUUGCUUGAAGGAUGAAAUGGGAAAUUUAUGGGUUGGUGAAUCGGGCCAUGAGAAUGAAAAGGGUGAAGAAAUAAUAGCGUUAAUUCCAUGGCAUGAAUGGUGGACAUUAGCUCUUAAAGAUAAUUCCAACCCGCAGAUAGCCUUGCUUCCCCUGCAUCCAGAGUUGCGUGCAAGAUUCAACUCCACUGCAGCAUGGGAAUAUGCGCGGAGCAUGUCUGGCAAGCCAUAUGGUUAUCAUAAUAUGAUAUUCAGUUGGAUUGACACAGUAGCUGACAACUAUCCUCCACCUCUUGAUGCUCACUUGGUAAUUUCUGUCAUGUCUAUGUGGACAAGAUUGCAGCCAGCUUAUGCUGCAAACAUGUGGAAUGAAGCGCUGAAUAAGCGGUUGGGGACUGAGGGUUUGGAUUUGCACGGCAUUCUAGUCGAGACUGAGAAGCGGGGGAUAGCGUUUGAUCAAUUACUUACUAUUCCCGAACAAGAUGACUGGGUAUACAGUGAUGGAAAAUCAACAACAUGUGUUGCCUUUAUUCUUUCCAUGUAUAAAGCGGCUGGAAUAUUCGGCCCUGUUUCUAGCUCCAUUCAAGUAACUGAGUUCACUAUUCGUGAUGCAUACAUGCUUAGGAUUUUUGAGAAUAACCAAACACGUUUACCAAGAUGGUGCAACAAUGAGAAAGACGGGCUUCCGUUCUGUCAGAUUCUUGGCGAAUAUAAGAUGGAAUUGCCUGGCUAUAACACUUUGGAUCCAUAUGCCAAUAUGAACGAGCACUGUCCUUCCCUUCCUCCAAUUUAUAAUAGGCCUUUUAAAUGUUAG